CUUAUUUUACACAUGGCAUCACACUGGAAGGAAACUACAGCUCUAAUAUGCACUUAUGGUGUACUGAAGAAAAUUCGACCAGCUACUCCAUUUCUGACACCAUUUCUCGUUUCUCACUACAAGAACCUCACUAUAGAUGAGGUCUAUGGACAAAUAUUUCCUUUUUGGACAUAUUCCUUCCUAAUAUUUUUGGUCCCCAUCUUUUUCCUUACUGACAUUUUUCGCUACAAGCCUAUAAUAAUUUUGGAAGGAGCUUGUUUGACAGCGACUUGGGGCCUGCUCGUUUGGGGUCAAGGAGUAGUGCAAAUGCAAAUUAUGCAAAUAGUAUUUGGGCUAGCCUCAGCGUCGGAAAUAGCGUAUUUCUCAUAUAUUUAUGCGGUUGUGGACGAGAAACAGUAUCGAAAGUGCAGCUCAUAUAUACGUACUGCGCUACUCAUAGGAAAAUUGUUUGCCUAUGGAUUAGCGCAGUUUCUUGUAUCGACUGGAACAGGUUCUUACUUGCUUUUGAAUCAGAUCUCACUUGCUACAGUUCUUAUUGCUUUCUGCAUUGCUUUGUUACUGCCACGGGUACCGACAAGGUUACGACGAGAAGUCCAUAGCGAACUCGUUGGGGCACAAGAAAGUUCAAGUCUAGAAAAUCCAACACGAGGCGAAUUUGAACGCCGAAAACUUGAACGAGGUGUUCGCAAUUAUUUAUUGACCACUAUCAAGAAUUUCCGCAUUUUCAAGGAUAAUUUGGUUGUGCUAAAGUGGUCGAUUUGGUGGGCUUUAGCAAGCUGCGGGAUAUUUCAGGUGUUCAACUAUAUUCAAGCCUUAUGGCUGGAAAUGCAACCUGAUCCAAAUAAGGCCGAAAAUGGAUUGACGGAGUUUGUGAAUACUUUAAUGAGUGCAGUCAUGGCGUUCGCCAUACAGUUCGCAGCUAUCGAUUGGAUUAAAUACGGAGAACUAACACUAGCAUUGUCUUCAAGCCUUAUCGCCGUUAUCUUAGCGGUUGUGUCACAGACCAAAUACGUGGUACUCGCAUAUAUAGGCUACGUUCUAGUAACGGCCAUUUACCAUGCGCUGAUCACAGCGGCAAGUUGCAACAUCGCAACAGAGCUUUCAUCCACCAUCUAUGGUCUUGUGUUCGGCUGGAACACUUUCGUUGCUGUUGGUUUGCAAACAUUGUUAACACUUGUAGUUGUUGACUCUCAUGGAUUGAAUCUGCCUAUGAGAACACAGUUCGUUGUCUAUGCAGUAUAUUUUGCUGCAGUGGCAGCUUUGUUCUUGGCAGCUUUCAUAUACUCGCGGUUGAAGAAAACGCCAACUGAAGAACCUAGAAAUGCUUCAGAAGGAAGUGAGAAUGCCGUUGAAAGUUUAUGAGCAGAUUAUCAAAUGUAGUUAUUAGUUUAUUAGUUAGGAAAAGAAACCUCAAACAUUUAACUUGUGCAGUUGUGGAUUCUCUUCAGGUAGAUGUUAAAUAAGUAUGUUAGAAUCUUUUUGAUUAGAAAAUUAGCCCUUAUCGGCGAUGACUCAAGUGUUUGUCGGAAAAUGAGGCUCAAACUUUAUAAUAAUCAGUAUACAAAAAGAAGAUGCCUGUUAUAUUUCAGAUAUCACAUAAGCAUUGUGAAGUAAGGCACUUUAAGAGACAUUUUUGUUUGGCG